GUUUAAUUAAUUAUCAGUAGUUAAGUUUGAAUGUUCCACUGUAUAUAUGUUACAUAUGAAAUUAAUGUGAAAUUUAGGUCUACCUAACUUUGUGAGUUUUGUGACUAACCAUUUACUGCGUAAAGUUUGAGAAUCUCAAAAAUUAUGAACCAAAAUUCAAAAGCACAGUAGUGAAUUCUAUCAAAACUUCUUAAACAGUUUUCAGCCGUCAAUGUCAAACAAUAUUUCCGUCAUCUGACAUCAACAUCUCUAUUUCAUAUUACUCAAUAGUUUUUUAAACAAUGUCUGAUGGAUAUGGAUUCUCUGAGCUGGAGUGUAAGAUUAUUCAGGAACAGAUAAAGCGGAGGCAGCUCAUGAGGGCAGAAUUUUUGAAGCAGCGGAGUGACCCGUACAAGCAUGCUGCGGAGGCGGGCUACGUGUUUGACAACGGCAUCCAGCGCUUCAUGUCCCUAAAGACCUGUCAGACCGAGUACUUCGUGGCGUCUCCUCGAACGGCGCGGUUCGGCCUGCUGGCCAUCGUGGCGCCCAUGGUGGGCUUCGGAUACCUGUGCUGGAGCUUGCGGGAGAGCCUCGAGAUGGACUACCGCUGCGGCAACAUUCGAUAUAGGGAUAGGAUUCAUAAAUUUAGAUAAUUUCUGUAUGCGGCAUGUUUAAAGUUACUGAAUAAAUUCAGAAUGUCAUGA